AUGGAAUAUAUAGAUAAUGAAGAACAUUAUACAUUUGAAUAUAAAAAUUCAAAGAAUGUAACUAAGGAAGUCACAGUAAGUGCAAGAAAAAUGGUACAUGAUUACAUCAAAUAUUGUGGUAAAAAAAGAAAAUAUAAAGGAAUAGAAAAUGAACUAGUUAUACCUAAAGAGAAUAAGUAUAAAAUUUAUAAGAAGAUAAUAGAAGAUGAAAAAUUAUACACAAUAAAAAUAGAAAAAGGUGAAGUGAUAAGAACAGUAAGAAACUUCACAGAUUCUGAAUUUGAAUUUAGUAACAUAGAAGAAAAAUUUAAUGACAGAAAUCAAUUAACAAAUAAUUAUAGUAACAAAAAAGAAUCAUUAUCUGAUCAAUCUCUCAGUAAUAUCAAACAAUCUUCUUUACAAGACAUAAACAGGUUAACAAGCGAUGAUCAAAUUUUUAAUAGUGAAAUGGAUAAGUUUCUUAAAAGAAAAAAAAUUCUAUAUAUAGCAAAUGCAUUAUACUCACACAAAAUACAAUUAUUGAAAUUAAUAAGUACAAUGAUGUCUGUUUAUUGGUGUGUAAUAACAGAUAAUCCUUCUUCCAAUAUAUUGAAUAUACAACCUAAAGAAGUGAGUGAAUCAAUCUGUCUUUCUCAAAUAUCAAAUGAUUGUAUCGAUGAAGAUUCAGGUGAUAAACCAGUUAUAAUAAUAAAAGAUGAAUCAAAUGAACAAACAGAAACUAAUAAGAUUGAUAUUAAAGCUGAGUACAAUAAGUUAGUUAAAAGUUUUAAUAAUUUGAAAAACAAAAAGAAUCAGAGUAUUAAAAUUAAAUCACCUCUCAAGUACAUUGCAAACAUUUUUAAAACAAGAAAGAAUAAAAAUUAA